AUGCAGAAGAUCAAACUUCAAAGACAGAUGAACCCUUCAACUUCUUCUUCUACCUCCAUAACCUCUCUUCCACGAGAGAUUCUUCUCAAAAUUCUCACCAGUGGUCCUGCCAAAUCCGCAGUGCAAUUCAGAUGCACCUCCAAAUUCUUCUAUUCCUUCAUACUGGAGCCACGCUUCGCGUUCAGAAUCCUCGUCUCUCUCCCAUCCAAAACUCCCCGCGCAUUAAAUUUAUACUCCGUGAGUUACCGUGAAGAAAGUCAUGGAAAACUCCAAGCCGACACUGCCCAACGUUUGGAUGUACAAGGUUUAGUAUCUUCUGAGGAUGGCAAGAUGUGUCUGCUCAGCAACGGGUGGGGGGACGACGCCAUCUUCGACCUUAGUACCGGACGGUGUAUUCGUCUGCCAAGCAAUGGUAGGCCGACCAGGAGUGCGGUCUUGGGGUUUGACUCGGUUUCGGAACGGUACAAGGUUUUCUACUCAGAGGUGUACUAUGGUGGCCGGCGGUUGUUGAAUCGGCUGCGGGUUUUAACUGUCGAAGUGGAUAAGUCAUGGAGGGAGAUAGACUCCUCCACCAUCAAGCGAUAUACCCAGGCUGCCGUCCACAUUAAUGGGAUUAUCUAUUUGAUUCCUAUUAUUACUGAAUCAAUGACAGGGAUCUGGACUCGACUGAGGACUACCAAACCAAAAAUAGUUGCAAUGGAUGUUGUUACGGAGAGUUUUAUCACGUUCAUACCAUUCCCAUCUGAGUGCCAGUCCUCGCAGCAUUGGGAGGGAUGGCUGCCAUGGAUGAAUCUGAAUGGUCGCCUAGCUUUCAUUAACAUUCUUGUCCCACAAAAGGCCAAAUCUGAGGCUCCCACAUUCUUGCCUGACAAGAUAAAUAUAUGGACGUUGGAGAGGUCAAUGGAGUGGAAGAAACAAACGGUGGGUUUGCCAUUAUUGGAGGAGAGGGAGGUGAUUGGAGAAGUACUCUCAUGA